AUGAGUCACCACACACCACAGGGAAGUGAACAGGCCGCUGCGAAGGAACAAGACAUCGAUCAAGAAAGCGUGUUGAGCAACCUUGACUUCAACACGGAUUUGAACCACAAUUUGAACCUAUCGGAAUACUGCAUAUCCAGCGACGCCGGAACAGAGAAGAUGGAUAGCGACGAAGAGAAGUCGCUGGCCAGCUUGCCAGAGCUGAGGUACGCUCCCAAGCUAUCCAGCUUGGUGAAGCAAGAGACGCCCACCGAGGGCUCGAAAAGACCACACGAGGAGGAGGAGAAGGAGCCGGAGGACAACAAGAAGAUGAAAGUGACUAAGGAAGAGGACGCGAUGGAGGCCAAGGAGAAGAGUGCCGAUGUCAGAGACGAGCAGGGAGACGAAGGCGACAACGAGGAGGAGAACAUUGAAGAGGAGAACGAAAACGACAACGAGCACACAGCACCGCCCGCGGUGGUGAUGCCCUCGCCGAUCGAGAUCGAGGAACAGAGGACGACUGCCUUGAAGGAGAUCACCGACAUCGAGUACAAGUUUGCGCAAUUGCGCCAGAAGCUGUACGACAACCAGCUGGUGCGCCUGCAAACGGAGCUGCAGAUGUGUCUCGAAGGGUCGCAUCCAGAGUUGCAAGCGUACUACUCGAAGAUCGCCGCGAUUCGCGACUACAAACUGCACCGAGCGUACCAGCGACAGAAGUACGAACUGUCAUGCAUCAACACGGAAACGCUCGCCACCAGGACGUUCAUCCACCAGGACUUCCACAAAAAGGCCACCGAUCUGCGAGCCAGGCUGCUUAACAGAACCACACAAACAUGGUACGACAUCAACAAGGAACGCCGCGACAUGGACAUCGUGAUCCCGGAUGUCAAUUACCAUGUGCCCAUCAAGCUCGACAACAAGACGCUGAGCUGCAUCACGGGCUACGCCAGCGCAGCGCAGCUGCGCUACCCUGGCGAGCCCGUGGCGGAGGACCUGGCCUGCGAGAGCAUCGAGUACCGCUACAGGGCCAACCCAGUUGACAAGCUCGAAGUCAUUGUGGACCGCAUGAGACUGAACAACGAGAUCAGCGACCUCGAAGGUCUGCGCAAAUACUUCCACUCUUUCCCAGGUGCCCCCGAGUUGAAUCCCCUGAGGGACUCCGAGAUCAACGACGACUUCCACCACUGGACCCAGUGA